UGCAUCUGAGAAACACUCGGCACCGCCUUUGGGGUUCAGAAAACCUGCAGGAGAGGAAUGCAGAUUUGACCCGAGUGAGGUGUGUGGCAGGAGCAAGCAUUGUGCGUGGACCGACGGCACUUGCCCCGAGUCUCCGGCACUCAUAGGAAACACUGCAGAUAUUGCAGUCUUGAAGAAAGCCUCUUUUCUGUUGCCAUGGCAACCAUGCAAGGACUGGAAGGGACCAUGCCAGAGGCUGGCCCUGGUAGGUACCAGCCGGACCAGCCUGCUGUUCUCCAGUCACAUCUGUGGAAGAGAAUGCCGGAGAAGUUUUUGAAGGGGGAGCCUAAAGUCCUUGGGGUCAUGCAGAUCCUGAUUGCCACGAUGAACCUCAGCUUGGAAAUAAUAAAGAUGGGUGUCCCAUUGUCACUUGCUCAGACACAUUCUUUUUCACAUUCUUUUUCAAGUCAGGAUGUGAACAAAUUUGUGGGGUCAGUGGUGUUUAUUAUUUCAGGAUCUUUGUCAAUUGUAGCAGGAAUUAGAACUACAAAAGGUCUGAUCCAAACUAGCCUAGGAUUAAACACCUUCAGUUCUGUCUUGGCUGGAGCAGAGGUCUUCCUCACUAUCCCCAACUUGAGUGAAUUUCAAGCGCCUGUCUUCUCCUGCAAAUUUCAUCAGAGGUUGGAGAGUUGUCCCAUGGCCAUGUCCAUUUUAACGAGUCUGGAUAUCGUGGUGCUCCUUUUGAACAUACUAGAGUUCUUCAUUGCUCUGUCUCUAUCUGCCUUUGGAUGCAAAGUUACCUGUUGUAAUCCUGGCGGGGUUGUGUUGAUUCUGCCAUCAAAUCCCAACGUGGCAGAAACAACAUCUCCCACACCACUUACAGAGGUCUGAUGUCACCAACAGAUCAACAGCAAAGUGUUCCAGAAAACCUAUCCUGCCAGUUGUACAAGAAUGCCACUUGGGAAAGUACCAGAAUCCAACGCUGAUAUAUACAGAUCUAUUUCAGAAUCGUGUUCUCAUUUUCCCCCAGGACCUCAACAAUUCAUUUACUUGCUCUUUAUCAACAAUAGCAGAA